AUGUCAACAAGUGACCGAUACACAAAACCACGGGCGGCCACUAUGGCUCAAAGAAAACAUGAAACCAUCGCCCCGUCGGCCGGGAUCCCGCCACCACAGAGAAAGCGCACUGGACUGAGCCUUAUCCACGAGGUCGUGCUCGUCUUUGUUCUAUGCCUCGCUCAGUUCCUCUCCCUGGCUGCAAUGAACCAGACUGUUGCUCCCAUGCUCAUCCUUGCCAAGUACUUUGACAUCCAUGACUAUGGAAACCUCAGCUGGUUCUCGGCAGCGUAUAGCAUGACUGUCGGGACUUUUAUGCUUCCUUCUGGACGACUCGGUGAUAUACACGGCCACAAGCUCAUCGUGAUGAUAGGCUGGGCCUGGUUCAGUCUCUGGUCUCUAGUCUGCGGCUCAUGCGGCCCUACCAAUCUAAUAUGGUUCAGCACUUGCCGAGCUUUUCAGGGUAUGGGUCCAGCAUUGAUCAUCCCCAAUGCUUUAGCCAUCAUCGGACGGACGCUCUCCAUCGGACUGAAACGGAACCUCGCUUUUGCGUGCUUUGGAGCAGCAGGGCCAUCAGGAGCCGCGGCGGGCGCCAUUCUCUCCUCGCUUGUAGCCCAGAAACUCUCGUGGCACUGGUGCUUCUGGUUCCUGUCCAUGACCUGCGCCGUGUUGGUCAUGAUGUCGUGGUUCAUCAUUCCUCUGCCUUCUUCCGAGUCCCCUUCUGCCCGCAGCAGUGCAGAACUGACCACCUCCAUGGUGGCGGGGCGAGACCUUGAUCACAACACCAAGGCAGAAACCGAAGGCAGCCAACAACGACAAGAGCCCACCUUCGACACACUCGGUGCCAUCACCGGUGUCACCGGCCUAGUCUUGGUCAACCUCGCCCUGAACCAAGCGCCUCUCGUCGGCUGGCACAUUCCUUACAUCCGCGCCCUCCUCGUCCUCGGCCUUCUCUCCCUCCUCGCUUUCGUCUGCGUCGAGCGGCGCUUCGCCACUCACCCCAUCGUCCCUCUCCGCGGCGGCAGCGGUCUCCAGCCCCACGCCGCCUUCGUCCUCGCCAUCGUCUUCACCGGCUGGUCCUCCCACGGCAUCUGGGUAUAUUACCUCUACAUCUUUCUCGAGCACCUACGCGGGCACUCAGCCCUCUUCACCUCGUUCGAGACCUCCCCCGUCGCGGCCACAGGGAUCUUCUUUGCCUUGUUAACCGUCUACCUCUUACGGCGAGGCGUGUCCGUUUCGCUCAUCAUGUUCAUCGCCAUGUUCUUUUUCUUCCUGGGGACCUUACUCUUGGCGCUGACGCCACUGCAUCAGACCUACUGGGCCAAUACCUUUGUCGCCGUGUUGCUCAUGCCGGGCGCUAUGAACCUGAGUUUUCCAGCGGCGACUAUCCUGUUGAGUGAGCAGCUGCCGAGGGAGAAGCAGGGGAUGGCGGCGAGUUUGGUGGCUACCGUGGUCAAUUAUAGUAUUAGCUGCGGGUUGGGGCUGGCGGGGAGUAUCCAUAAGCAUGCGCUGGUGAAAGCCGGGGAUCGCGCGGGGGUGGAGAGAAACGGGAGGAAACCCGGGCCGGCGUUGAGCGAGACGAGUGAGGUGAGGAGGAGGAGAAGCAGUGGGGAAAGGAUGAAGGGUCGUGGAGAAGGAGGGGACAAGGAACAAAAAAGGGGACAGCAGAAGGAAUUGACAACGGCAAGUCAGGAUCUGGAGGUGGGAGUGGUGCACACCACGCGGGCAACUGGAAGCACGAAAAGUGGAAGUAAGAAGAAGAAGCUGUCGCGGAAGGGGUCGGCUGCGACUACGGUGAGGACCAAGAAUGAAGGCUCUGGGGCGGUGGUGGAGGGAGAGAAGGGGAGAAGUACAAUGCGGGUUCAUGAGGAGGUGAAGAGUGUUUUGAAGACGGUGGACUUGGGGUUUCAACCGCCGUCGGGGGAAGCUGUGAGGAAGAAGAGCGGGAGAGGACAUGGAAACUCGACGCAAUCGACAGGGAGGAAUCAAAAUGGAUGA